AUGGAGGAGGACCGACUUUGGAAGUUCUCGAAGCCCGAGUGGCUCAACAGCAUCUGGGCUCGCAAUGCCGGCAUCUACGCGGCCGGAGGCUUGUUCUCCCUCGCCUUUUACACCAUGCUCGAUGCCGCCGUGUGGUCCAAGUCGGCCAGUAACGGAUCCAACAUCCACGUCAAGUUCGUCGACUGGCUGCCGCUCAUCUUCUCCUCGCUCGGCAUGCUCAUCAUCAACUCGGUCGAGAAGCAGCGCCUGAGUGCCGACUCGUUUAGUUACAGCGGCUCCGGCGUUGCUUGGAAGGCCCGGGUGGUGCUAUUCCUCGGGUUCGCGGCGUUGGCUGGCGGCAUGGCGGGCGGCGUCGCCGUCUUCGUUCUCAAGUACAUCGUACCGAGCGUCGGGUUCCCCGCGCUGGGCAUGGGCAUCGAGACGCUGGCUAGCAACGCCCUGGUAGGCUUCAGCUCCGUCGUGCUUUGGAUUACCCAGAAUAUGGAGGACGAGUACUCGUACAACCUGUCGCUCUGA